CGCUUUCCUUUUAAUGUUAAAGGGAUUUUUAAUUCAAAAGUCGAAUUUCGGUUUAUUCACGGAAACAGUGACAUCUGUCGAUUCGGACGUUAGUUUUCGGUACGAGCGUUAGGAUUGGACGUGCGAAAUAAGUAGCGAGAAAUUGAUUUUUGUGUUAAAAUUCGGUGUCGCGACGGCGUGUGUAUUGGGGCUCGGCGUGUUAAAUCCGAUAAUCGGUUGACGCCGCUUUGGGGCGCGCGCGUUUACAUAUUCGAAGAGGUAAAAUUUUUACAGUUGCAAGUUGUCAUGGCGGCCAAUGCAUCAGCCAAUAGGAACGCUACCUAGCGUUCGUUUUGUUAGAUAGUUCUUUUUCCACUUUGAGAGGUUCGCGUCAUCGGGGCUACUUUACGCGUCCUUAUGGCGUAACGCGUGUUUUACGUGGUGAAACGUUAAACUGUAUUAUACUGAGUGUUGCAUGGACCGUUUGGUGCGAUUGGACCGUCGAACAUGUUACGAAAAAUGCGCCCGGAGGUAUUCGUCACGUGACGUAGUUAGCGGAAUGGCGAACGAUCGUCUAUCAUGAAUCGUUUAAGCUACUAAGUUUUGACAUUUGCGUUUGUAUACAAGCUUGUUUUCAUUUGCGAACACCACGUGCUAACGGCCGGAUGAUUGACAGAUUAACCUUAGGAUGUCGGCCAGAGGCGUGAAAAAACGGGGGAGACCCCCCAAAGUUCAAGUUAAUGAAAGAACUAAGAAAUUUCAAUAUCAUUUACUUAAAAAACCAAAGUAUCUAUUAAAUUACAAUAAGGGUUCAGAUUCUCAACCGAGUACGCCCACUCCUUCUCGUCCAAAUUCGCCUCAAAGUGAUGCUGGCCGAAGGAGUAGUACUCGAAUUAGAGGGAAAGAUACUCACAGAACGAAUAGACGCGGAGGUUAUGUAGGUUCUGCUUACCAAAGGAGAGGUUAUAAUCCUAGUGCAGCGGAUUAUCACGAUUCUGAGUAUCAUUACGGGUCGGAUUUUGGGGAUGAUUCUAGUGAUAAUAAGAGUGAAGUAGAAUACGAUGUAGGGAUAUCUGAGAGUGAAUCAGAAGAGUCGAUAGUUGCCGGAGAUUCAAGUGAUAGUGAUUUUUCUUUGAGUGGGUACAGUACUCUUAGUGGUACACCAAAACGUACCCCUCCCGUUCCUAGGCCACCAACACCCGAACCUUUAUGGCUCCAAAACCGCCCUAUACCCCCUUUGGACUUACCUAAAACGUCCGAUGACCUUCUAGUGUCCCACGAACAUAUCAUGGCUGUUAUUAGCAUCUACGAAGUGUUGAGGCACUUUCGAAAUUUGGUGAGAUUAUCUCCGUUUCGCGUCGAGGAUUUCUGUGCUGCUCUUAUGUGUGAAGAUCAAAACAGUUUAUUAGCUGAAAUCCACAUCAUGUUACUCAAAGCUUUGUUACGAGAAGAGGAUUCUCAACAGACUCAUUUCGGACCGUUGGAUCAAAAAGACAGCAUAAAUAUUUCUUUGUAUUUAUUAGAUUAUAUGACUUGGCCUGAAGUUUUACGUUCAUACGUUGAAAGUGAUAAGCAUUUUGAUUCAACUGUUAUGGGCAUCUUGGCUAAUUCCGAUUAUCCGUUUGGGGCUGUCGAUGAUAAAAUUAAAGUUCUGCAAUUUUUGACCGAUCAAUUUCUUGCUACUAAUCCUGUUCGAGAAGACUUAGUUAGUGAAGUUCCGAUGCAUUACGAUGAUCACUGUAGGGUUUGCCAUAAAUUGGGCGACCUGCUUUGUUGUGAGACUUGCCCGGCUGUGUACCAUUUGGAAUGUGUCGAUCCCCCACUGGUUGAUGUCCCCGAAGAAGAUUGGCAAUGUAAUAUUUGUCGAUCACAUAAAGUGACUGGAGUCGUUGAUUGUGUACUUGACGUGGAGAAACAGGGCCAACUUUGCAGACAAGAACAUAUAGGUUAUGAUAGGCAUGGUCGAAAAUAUUAUUUUUUAUGUCGAAGAAUUAUCGUAGAAAAUGAUGCGGCGGAAGUUUGGUAUUAUUCCACUAAAUUACAAGUUGAGGAGUUAUUAAAAGUUCUUGAUGGAAACGAUAUGGAGGCACAAUUAGUGCGUGAAAUUUUGGAUAUCAAAGAAGAACUUUUUCGCCAAAUGGAAAUAACCGAAAAAUUAACAAAUCAAUGCAAGGGGAACAAAAAAAGUUAUCUAGAAGUUGCAAAUGCUCAAAUAAUAAAAGAAAACAAAGAAAUUCUUGAUAAACAAGAAGAGGAACGUCGUGAAAAAGAAAAACAAAACGCCGAAGACAUGGUUGCAAGGAUGCAUGAGGACUCUUCCGAAGGAACGGAAACAACAAUGAUUCAAAAAACCGAAUCUAACGAAAGCAGUGGUGUUAACGAUUUAAUAAAUCAAAUGGAUAAUGAUACAAAUAAUACGACUAAAUCAAAUUCGGAAGUUGAUUUAGGACAAACGGAAGAUGAAGAUAAUGAGAGCAAUGAUCAAAAAGAUAAAGAUAUUAUGACGCGAUUAAAAACGGGUACAUUAACACCAAAAACAUUUAACAUUGAAGAUUUGCGAAGAAGAACCACAGCAAUUUUAAAUCGAGAAGAUGUCGAUAAAAAGGAUGAAAGAAUGACUCGUUUAAAAACUAGUCAAAUCGCGAACGGGACGUAUUUAUUUAAACUUGGCAUGGAUAAUCAAUUUAAAUCGUACACAAAUCAAUACACAACGAAUAUAAUCGCGUUAAAUAAACCCCAAAGGAAUGAGGAGCGUGAUAAAAAGCGACAUUUAUCGCAUAAAUUUUCGCUAACAACCGCGUCCGAAUUUAAAUGGGUUGGAGUAAUAAGUGGUAAUCGAACUACUUUAUUAAAUUCAUUGAGACAAACCAUUUUACAAUUAGAGCAAACGAUUCAAGCGCCUUUUAUGCAUCCAUCCUGGCAUAUUAUACGUAAAAAUUGGUUAUCUGUUGUUGCAGCUUGUCAACAGCCAAAAGAUUUUGCUAAAUCUUUAAUUGUUUUACAAGCGUGUAUAAAAUCGGUUGUUUUUGCGAACGUUUGGCACGAACAAUUAGGGCACACGAGAUUAUCUAGAAUAACAGCCUCCGAACGUGAAGAACGUAAAAAAUUAGAGAAACGCGAAAAGAAAGAGCGGGAAGAAGAAGAAGAACGAAAUCGAAUGAUUAUAACGGGAUACGUGAAGUAUACAAUGGGGUUUAAACAUCAGUUGUGGAAGCAAAAAGGGGAGGAAUAUAGAAUACACGGUCGUUGGGGUUGGUUGUGGUUGUCUUCCGGUAGAAUACAUAAAAUCGUUAAUUCUAAGGAAAUUGGAUUAAACGCGGGGCCUAAUAAGAUUAUGGUUCAAGUAAGAGAUUCCGUUGGCUUAAAAAUUUUAGCCAUUGACUCAAAUAUGUACAAUUUUUUGAUUAAAAAAUUUAAAAAAGAUGACGAAACAUUAGACGAUGCUGACGAUAUUCCCGCCGCGUUAAAAAAUUUAAAAAUCAUCCCUCCAAUUGAUGAAUUCGAAGAAAUUGUUGUAUCUAAGGCUUUAACCACCCCUGGAAGAUUACUUUAUCCGAAAGUAGCGAAAAAAUCGAAAUUGGACGACCUUUUAACCAGGCGAUUACAAUUAAAAUCGAUUGAAGAGAAAAAAAUAGCUCACACAAAAGAGGAGGCUCAAGAUGAAAACGAAAACAUCGAUGUUGAGAAUAGCGAUGAUAUGGACGUUGAAGAUUUAUGUUUAGAAAAGCAAUUAAAUAACAUGAUGAGCGGCAAAGUUUCAGCUCCUACGCAAACUCCAGUGCAAUCCACAGUUAAUCGAGAAAUGUUGAGUAACAUAGCUAAAAAGAUUCAAUCUUUACGGCUUCAUUACACAUCAAUAUCAAAAUUGGCAAAAGAUUUUCAGUGUUACUCAAAAGGUUGUAACAGUAAUUCCGCAACUUUGGUUAGUAAUUGUUAUUCACCUUUGUGUUUACAAAGGAGUAAAGUGCGUAGGGAAUUAUUAGCUUUAUUAAGGAAAGCGAAUUUACACACAACAACGGGAGCUAAAAUUCAAGCGAUUGUUCAACAAAAAUCGAAACCUUCCAUUCUUGAGCAAAAAUUGACUGAAAAUCAACAACGGCAAGAACCACCAAACGAUGCGGCGAUAUGUAAAGAUUUAGCAACGGCUGUUUUAACCGCCCAAGAAUGUAAAAACGAAGACACUAAAUUAGCCUAUAUCCCAAAAAAAAUCGUUAAUAAAGAAAAUGAAGCAAUUCAAGUAAAAGAAGAAAUCAAAGAGGAGGAAAAAGACGAAGUUAAAGAAGAAGACGAUAAAAACUCGCCCCCUCAAAAGAAACAAAAAUUAUUAAUGCAAAGUGAGAAUGAAAACGACGAUGUUGAUAUGGAUAUUAUGACGCCUGAUGACAUAAAAGAAAUGAUUUUAGGUGGGGCGAACGUGAAAAAUGAAAAAAUUGACAAUAAAUCCGACUUAAGUAUUAACGGUACCGGGAAAAACGCUUACAACUUAAAAUCUUCAUAUAGCGCACAACAAAAUCGAAGAUUUUGCGGUUACCGGGCCACCACAAAACGUGAAGAAAAAAUUGUUAAAGCGGAACACGCCGAAGAUGGAACUGAAAGGGUUUAUUCAACAAUUUCCACAGCGGGAAAAAUAUAUCUCAAAAAAGUCGUCCCCCAACAUAACGAUAAACGAAAUAAAAAACGACAAAUCGUUAAAUAUCCGGCUUGUUCGACCUUUUUAAUGAAAAAAGGAAUACGUUCUUUGUUGGUUUUACCGAAACACGAUGUUAGAAAAUUGGCUCGGCAAGCUGGAAGAUUGUUGAUAAAUGGUUUUCACGCGAUGGCUAAGCAAAAUAAUAGCGUUUGGCCGUAUCCCUGCUCGAGACCACUAUUUAAGACUUGUUGGGUUUAUAGAACGGUUAAUUUAAAGUCGUUGGCGGCUGCUUCGUUGCAGCUACGCAUACUUUGGGCGUGCUUACGAUGGGACGAUAUGCAAGCAAAGCCAUUAAGUGCCGAUGGAAAACAUCAAAUUACGACGGAAACGGAAAUAUUAUCACUUGAAUUAUUAAAACAUCGACAUGUGGGGCAAUUUUUGGAAAGGACGCAAUAUUUAAGAAGAAAAGUCGUUAUUCCUUUGGAAUUACCAAAAACUGUUAGAGAAGUAACAUCAAUAAGAAGCGGUUUACGUAAACGAAAACGUCCCGAAUCCCCUCAAAGCACUGAUCCCCAAGUAACCGAAGAAUGGGUUGACGAGGAUAAACUUGAAUUAUGGGAGAUUAAACAGUACGGAGAAAGGGUAGAGAAGGUUAAUGCUCAAGUUAUCACUAGGAGCAGAACCGGAAAUUUACCGCCGGCGAGAACGACGGGAUCCGCGGUGGCCGAAUCGAAUGAGAUUCCCGGAAAAAUUUUGGUUAGCAAUAAGGCGAGUGCCGAAGAAAUUAAAGAAAAAAUGGAACAACAAUUGCGGUUACAACGCGCCGCUCAUCAACAAAAACGAGCUUUAGAAUUGAAGAAUAAUCAAGGACAGAUUAUUAAAAUGGUUGGAAGUACAGCUCAAGCUGCUACUAGUACAUCAACAAAACCAACUACAACAAACACACCAAUUCAACCAAAAGUAACCACAGCGGAUGGUCAAAUGAAAAUCGUGAAAAACGUCGUACUCCCGAAUCAAGUGACCGGGAAAACAACUUUAACUUCAUUAUUAACUGGUAACAAUGCCACCCCCGGAAAAAACGUCGCCGGGCGGAGAAUAUUUAUGACAAAAGCCCCCGAUGGAACCACCAGAGUAAUCACAGCCGGUGCUGCUAUUUUACCCAAAAACGUUCCUAACAACCAACUGUCGUUGAUUAAGGUUCAAACGACCACAGGACAAGCUAUUCAACAAAUACAAUUACAACAACCUGUUCAACCUAACACACCAACACAAACACUUCAACAACAGGCAAAAACGACGGCAGAAACGCCCCAACGCGUACAAAUAAUGCGCGGUCCGGACGGUCGUCUAACUGUGAAAGGUUUGAUGCCAGGUCAACAACUUGUUCAAAUGCCUGAUGGUAAACUACAAGUGCUAACAACCACGCAGAUACAACCACAAACGCCUACAGCAACCACUGCACCUGCCGCGAUAUCAACACCUCAACAGCAGCAGAAAACCGUGGCUAACGCGGUCGUUAACAAAACAGUUAUUAAACCAACAACUCCCGCUGCAUCCACAGGCAAAUUGGUCGUACAAGGUAGCCAAGUGAAGGCUAUUCUACAACAGCCCGUCCAAAGUCCCGUCAAAGGACAAGUGAUCGUUAAACAACCUGCAGCUACAGCGCAAGUUGUGCAGAAAAUUGCAGCCAGUCCCGGAACGGUUGUUGUUAGCGGGAAUCCGGUGUUUCAACAGCAACAGGUUGUUGUCAGUACUAAUCAAAUUAUAACUAGUGCAACAGGACAACAGGUGGUUACUAACCAAAUAGUGGUAAAUAACCAAAAUUUAGCGCAACAAUUAGCUUCAGGAAAAGUUCAAGUGGCGACAAUAAAUGGUCAACAAGUGUUGAUAAGGCCGACGGGAAACAAUCAAGCUCAGAUUGUGGCUCAAUUGACGCCGAGUACGAUUACUCAACCACAACAAGUAGCGAUCGCCGCUCAGCCGCAAGUGACAUCACCAAUUAAACAAAUCGUGCAGGAAGCGAUUCAAAAACCUGCAACGGACGUGGAUACUGAAACUUUAUUGGCUGGACAACCUCCAGGAACAGUAAUCAAAUGCGUUACCGCUCAGGUUAUACAAACGCAACAGGGUCCUCGAAUUGUACUUCAAGGUCUUCAAGGUGCCGAUUUUAAUCAGGCUCAAUUAGCACAAGUUCAACAUCAAGUUAAACAACAGUUACUUAAAGCGCAAGCUUCGACAGGAAAACAAGGUGUGUUGGGUCCUACCAAAAUUUAUUUGGCCGUACAACCCAAUAGCAAUGAAAAUUCUGGAGAUCAACAAACUAAUCAACCACCACCUUUGGCGCCGGUACAAACUAAUGUCAUCACACAAAAUAAAGUUGUCCAGGGGGUUGUUCAAAAUGCCUCCUUACAACAGAAUAAUGAUUCAACAGUUCGUCAAGUUUUGGUAAAUGGUCAACAAACAUCAGUAUUGCUACAGGCAAUGAAAGCGAAUAUGGAAAACGCGCACCAACAGCAGCAGCAACAACAAACGGUGACGACUUCUACUACACAACCAGCCCAACAACAGCAAACGAAUGCGAUUGCAGCAGUGUCCGGUGAAGACCAUCAAAACAAACAAUUUGUGGUGACGCCGGACUAUAUACAGCAAACUAUUAAGACGGCGUUAAAGCAAGAAAAUCUUAAUCCAGAAAUCGAAGAGAAACUCCUACAAUUACAACGAUAUCAGGAAAAGCAAAUGAAACAAGAACCGGAAGUUCCGGUUCAUAGUACUAGAAUUGCGAUUCAAAAUACUUUUAAUCGUGGUAAUUUGAAUUCGAGAAAACGGCCACCAAGCGCGUCUAAAAACGAUGACGAAGAUUGGGUUAUGGAGACGCCCAAGAGAAGUAGACCCAAUCGAAAUAAUGAUGUUAAAAAAGAUGAUGUUCAUACGGACACAUUAAAAGAGAAACUUGUGCAAUCACCGAGAGCAAGAGUUAAACUCAAAGAAACGCCACAAGAGGAGAAGAAAUCUUCGUCCAAAAACAGCUUAAGUGUAACAGCAUUUAAACAUACCGAACUGUUAAAAAAGGAAAUUUUAAGAAAAAGAGGACAAUUAGAAAAGGAAUUAUUACUUGAAAUUCAGAAAGAAGUCAACGAAGAACUUGCAGCUCGUACAAAACUAGAACGUUCCAAACAAGAAGAAGUACGCACUUCCGCCGGUAGUAGUAAACGAAAAUCGGCGACAGUACAACAACCGAAUACCCCAUUUACAUCGCCGAAUAGUCGAAGUAGUGGUGGAAGCGCGAAGAAUAAGAAAGGAGGUAGUGGCGGUGCUCAAAAGGCUGCGACGUCACCGCCGCAGUCUCGCGGGAAAAAAGAAAAACUCCAUUGCGUUUGUCGCACGCCAUAUGAUUCUUCUAAGUAUUAUAUAGCGUGCGAUCUCUGUAAUAAUUGGUUCCAUGGGUCGUGCGUCGGCGUCAAUCCGUCGCAAAGCAAAAAAUUGAAGGAAUAUAUUUGUGUGGAAUGUCAACACGCCAGAGAUACUCAGGAACUAUUUUGUUUGUGUCGACAACCUUAUGAUGAAUCUCAGUUCUAUAUUUGUUGUGAUCGCUGUCAGGAUUGGUUCCACGGAAGGUGCGUCGGUAUUCUCCAAUCGGAAGCGGAUAAUAUCGACGAAUACAUCUGUCCAAAUUGUCAGAGAAAUUCUUCCGUGAACUAUGCAAACAUGAAGGAUUUAACAAAUAAGGACUUUGAAGGUUUAAGGAAAUUGAUCAAACAAAUUCAGGCCCAUAAAAGUGCAUGGCCGUUUAUGGAGCCAGUAGAUCCAGCGGAAGCACCUGAUUAUUAUAAAGUUAUCAAAGAACCAAUGGAUUUACAAAAAAUUGAAGAUAAAAUAAAUAAUCAUACGUACAAGAAACUAAGUGAGUAUAUAGGUGAUAUGACGAAGAUCUUCGAUAAUUGCCGUUACUACAACCCUAAGGAGUCGCAGUUUUUCAAAUGUGCAGAAUCGUUAGAGGCUUACUUCGUAAAUAAAAUCAAAUUUUUAAGAGAAAAAUUGUAUGAGAAUAAUUAGUUUUAUAUUUAAGAAGAAAAAAGUCGGCCGAGCGAUGCGCGGAUUCGGCGGCGGCGGCAGCGGCGGCGAUAAAAUGUUUUAGCUUUAAAAGUCUUUUUAAUUUGGACCACAAAUUUGAAAAUAAAAACCCGUAAAAAAGAAGGAAAAGGAAAUGUAAUCAGAAAAAUUGAAUUGGAGAUAUUAAUUUAAAUAAAAAAGAUCCGGAUGGAAAUAAAUAAAUAGGAAAUAGAAAACGUUCGAUUUUCAGCUGAUUUCGAGUUUUUUUAUUUUUAGCUUAAUUUUUAUGUCCUACUAGUUGGUGUUUUUGUACGAUCUCAUUUUGUACGCUUUGGCGUUAACGAUUUUUCUCUUUCACUAUUUUUAUAUUUAGUGGAAGGAAAGCAGCUGAAGAUUGAACAUUUAAAACACGAGCUUGUAUAUAAGAAAAUAUUUACUAUAAUUAUUAAUGAAUUAACUAUGUGAAUAUUUGAGGCAUUUUUAUUGUUACAUAAUUUUUUUAUAUAUGUAGAUGAGAAAAAAUUGAUAAAUUUAAUUAGUUUUCAAGGACAAUGUAAAGUGAGUUUUGAUUGUUUAAUUUAUUUGAUGACUUACAAUUUAAUUUUCGUUCACAUUUUUUUUCUUAAAUGAUAGAAAGAAAACGAUGUUUUUUCAUAGAUUUAAGAUUUUUACCAGAGUUCAAAGUGUAGUUCAAGGUGAUGCUGAGUUUUUCCCGAAUCAUUUCAUUUUUUUAUGUACUUUUAGACUUAGUGCCAUUGUAAAUAAUCCUUUACUUAACACAUCGUUUUUUCCUACCGUACAUUGAUUACUAUAAACAAUAUAACCUUUUUGUCAAUAUCUCUAUAAUUUUUUGUUUGCUGAAAUUAAUUCACCGCAGCAAAUAAACAUGUACAUUACUUUAUGAUUUUCGCCUUUUAUUUUUUUGUUUAAAACAUUUUUUUUUGUUUGUGCCAAUUGCAAAUAAGUACUACUCAAUAAAAAAACAAGAUAAAAUACA